AUUUGGUUAAAUAUGCAAAACAACAACAACAACAAGAAAGUCCGACACUUCCCACAACAAUCUGCUAAAGUUUUCAGUAUUUGCAUGUAAUACGUCAUCUUGUCACAUAUUUUGCUGAUGUGCACCACGGACUCUAGAUGUCAAUAUACGCUGCGUGUGUGCACGCACAGUUCAUAUUCUAGACGGUUUAAUCCAAUAUAGGGCAAUCAUCUGCCUCACUUUGCAAUUUAUACCGAAGUUUAAUGAAAAGGACUAAAAAAAUUGAAUGGAAUAGGGACACAUUUGGAUAAUUUCAGUUGAAGGAUCGGAGAAAUGAACUACCCAGUUGUGAUAGGAACCUUUGGGGCAGUGACUGCAGUGUUGUAUUACUAUGACCUUGUGUUCACAGUGUUUAUGCUCUUUGCACAUGCUGCCAUUGCAACACUUGGGAUUUAUCUAGGAGUGAGCUGGGCUUUAGUCAGAGGAAAACAAUAUACACCUCCUCCCCUGCCUAAGGAGUUUCAACAGUCCCAUGUUCGAUUAAUCCUGCAAAAUAUGAUGGAAGUUAAGUCCUCACAAUCCCCAGGUCCGAAAAAAGUUGUGAUUUCUCGAAACAUGGACCUUGCACUGCAGGAGGUUAUAGAUCUCCUACUGAGAGACUACAUCCUGUCCUGGUACAAGGGGCUGUCCAAGGACCAGGCUUCGUUACUCUCAUACCUUCAGACUGACAUCUGGAUUGUGAUAGAAAACAUCAGUGUUCGACUGGCCAAGAUUGACACAGUGCAGUUUGUCACACAAGACAUCGUCCAAAAGUUGAAAACACAUUUCCAGGAUGUCAGAGCCUCGUCAAAAAAGUACUGCCCCAACACUAGCACACCAUUCUCUCUUCAUCCGUGGUUGAGGUCCAAGGAGGCUGAGCUGAACUAUCUACGGAAGAUGAGUGAGGCCUUGCUGGUGGUCGUACUCCCCAAGUAUUACACCAAGUCCACCCCUAUGAGACAUCUCUUGAGUGAAGUCAUGGCUACUACAGUAUUGAGCCCAACAAUUGAGCUGAUAUGUGACCCGGACUACAUUAAUAUGACCCUAUUGUCCUACAUUGAGUAUCGAGAGAAACUGUCAGAAGCCACUCGCAUUAACUACACAUAUGCAGCGACAUACGAAGAUUUUGUGAAAAUGAUAGAAAAAUGCCAGGAUAUUGAGCAUUUGAAGCAGCUUCGGUUCAACAUUAUGACAGAGAUCAUGCAGGCUACCACUAUUGACAAGCUGAAGAGAUCCCAGAGUGCAACUGGAGCCGAAAAGCCUGGCUCGCCCAAGAGUUCUCGCAGUACUGAUAAAGGGGAACUGUUGAAGAAAAGAAAUCUAAAGCGAUACAUCAAUCAGCUUCAGGUGGCCAAGACGCGGUGUGAGAAGCGUAUUUGCAGCCUGGGAGGGCCGGCUUACAAGUCGUAUACCAGCAGCACUGACGUUGGAGCACAGCUGGAAGGGCUGCCAGGACAGAAAGUUGUGGCAUUUUCUGAGAUACUUAAGUCCGCAAAAGGUAGAGAGUAUUUCCAGUCAUUUCUGAAGCGCGAGGGAAAUGAAUCACUGAUGGGGUUUUGGGUUGGAGUUGAAAACAUGAAAUCAGCAGAUAAGAAGCAGCACCACCACCUGGCCAAUGACAUCUACCAGGGCUACAUCUGCAGUGCGGGCAGCGUUGUACGGGUAGACAAGUCCACUGCCCGCGCCAUGGAGACCUUCCUGAUUGGAGACUCAGGCCAUGAGGCAUUCCUGGACACACAAGCCGUGGUGUACAAGAGGAUGGAGACCCAACAUUACCCCUCGUUCCUUGUCAGUGAUCUCUACCAUCGAUACUUGACCUCCCUGGAAACAGAGGAAGGGAACCUGGAGGGAACCAUUGGGCAGAAUGAGAUGUUGUUUGAGCCAACAGAGCAUGAUCAUGAGGAUGAGGAGAUGUUCCGUGUGCAGUCCUACCACGCCAAACAGAAACUGCAGCAGCUGGGUAACCGUAUCUCCAACAAAACACAAGCCCUAGAUGCCUUGAAGACACAGAAGUCAGAUGUUAAGAUUCAGAAGGUGCAGGAGGACCUUGAGUCUGAGAUUGAGGCUAUGAAAGAGGAGAAGAGAAAGUUGGAGUCACACAUCCUGCGUACAGAGCAGUGGUGCAUUCAUACUGGCAAGUGGAAGGCACUCGUCUAUGAAGUAGCAAGUGUGAAGGAUGGAGACAAGAUGGUGCCACUGUUUGUGCUGAUUGUCCACUUGGCGGGCCGGUCUCACACGUCUCAGAACCUGCAGAGCUCUUCCCAGGGCUGGGUGGUCAACAGGAAACUCAGUGACUUCUACACCGUUCAUGAGAGACUGGUGCAGAUUGCUGGCCCUUGGCUGAAGAAGCAUGAUCUACCCAAGAUCAGCAUGUUCACCACUGUGGAUGAGAAGUUCCUUAAGGAUGCCAAGGAAACACUCAAUAAUUACCUUAAUGCCGUUAUGAAGGAUGAUCGCCUGGCCAACAGUGAGGCUCUCUAUGGGUUCCUGACCCCAACACCAGAAUACUUCCAGCAGCCGGAGAAGAAAAGUGAAUUCAUCCUGAAAACAUUACUGAAAAAUUUACCGAGCAUAGGUCAGGACAGCCGAGAGACAGAUGAUGAUCUCCUCUUUUCAACUGAUGACAGAGCUGACGACAGAAGUAAGGAUUCUAUUGCUGAACCACUUUACAGUCUUAUCAAUGAGAUAUAUGAACUGAAAGGCAUGUUUAAGUGGCUGAGAAAGAGCUUCAUAGCAUUUGUAGAGGUCACCUUUGGAAGAUCCAUCAACAGGCAGCUACGUGAGACAGUAGACUGGAUGUUCUCAGAGCCCAUGGUGAUCUACUACAUUCGCCUCUUCAAGGACGCCAUGUGGCCCAAAGGUGUUCUGGCAGAGGCGACACCUGCACGAUCCAACGAGGAAAAACUGAGAACGAGACUUAAAGCUAAAGAGAAAUUCCUGGGCAUACAACCUGAUGCUGUUAAAACUUUAGUGGGUGAGGACAAUGCCCGACGAGGGACAAUCAAGAUGUUUGAAGUUCUGCAAGAUGUGAAACUGAAUAAGCACCUGUUCUUUGAGCUCCUGCUCCUGGUGAUUAAACUCAUGAUCCCCGAGCUGCAGCAGGUGCCCUCGGAAGCAGACGAAGUCUCCAAUGGCAGUGAGGCCCUCGUGAUCAGCGGAACUGAGUAUCAGGCUCAGAUUGAGGAACUCAACUUUAAAGCGUGAUCAGCAAUAGUGUGAUCAUUAUCACGCUUCCAUUGAAUAAAUAACAUCCUCUUGCAUAUACUUAACUGUAUUUUCAACCAAACUUAUCAGUAUUUAAUACAAACCCAGUUUUCUGUGUAUGUUGAUGAUGGGUAAGUUGAUAAUGGGGAGAUUAACCCUUUGCAUGCUGGGAAAUUUGUAGUCUUAAAAUGUCGUCUGCUGAAUUUCUAAAAUUAGCAUUUCUUAGAAUUUUUCCAAAGAAUACUAUCAGAAUAGCAAACAGUUUGGAUCCUGAUGAGACGCCACGUUUUGUGGCGUCUCAUCUGGAUCCAAACUGUUUGCAAAGGCCUUUAAAAUUUGGUUCCAGCGCUGAAAGGGUUAAGGGGACAAUGGGAUAAUGAUGAGCAGGAGGAUGACUAUGGUGAUUUUAUACAUGUAUUUUUGUACUGGUACUCUGUCUCCAAGGCUCAUAUCCACCAACAUCCAUUGUUAUAAAAACUGGAACUCCUGUGGUUAUGUCAUUUUAAGUUAUAAAGUGGUUCUACUCUGGUAAAGAAUCAAAACUGCUUUGAUUCUGACUCAAGAAUAAAAUAGCAUUAAUUUUUACAAGGAUAAUUGAUUUUAAAAAUACUCCGCCAAAAUGGACUUAUUACAUCAAUAUUUUGCUUUCAAGGAUCUUGGUAUAUACAGCACCUGUGAGUCAUUUUUUGUGUCAUUGCAUUUGUCAACAUACCAGUAAUGUGCAAUAAAGUAUUAUUUUCAUUCAUUUAUAGAUAUUGGCAGGUCUAUUGUAGCAUUCAUGUUCCUCUGGUCAUUGUUCUUAUAUUUUCGAAAAGAAUGACUUUUUUCAAACUAUAAAUGUACAACACACUAAAUUUUAGAUCGACUGUCCUAUACAUGUACACUGAAAAGUCAGAGCUUUACUGCUCAACCAUAUGUUGGUGUCUGCGUUUGUGUAAUGUUUAAGUUAACCCUUCAAUACUUAGAUACAUAUUUUUAUGCAUUUGUAGUCCCUAAGUAAGAUAAAUUUAUUUGAAAACAUUUCUUACUAGAUUCAAUUUUUAAAGGCUUCAUUUUUAACCCUUAGAUACUGAUGAGCAGCAAACAGCAUAAAACCUGAACAGACUGCAAGUUACUCGCAGGUUGUUCUGGUUUUCUGCUGUUUGCACAUAGCCAUUUUCACUUUGCAUCUGAGAAGGAAAGGGUUAAAGUAAAAGUGGAACAUCCCCAUAUCACUGUUCUACAAAAGGUAUUCAAUGGAAACUUUAGACAUGUGUUUGUGGUCUUCGUGUGAGGUCACUGAUCAAGUUUGUGGCCGCCACUGUUAUAACAUUUAGAGUCACCUCAAUAUGUUGUCUAAACUAUUUGUAUAUACAGCUUUUUAUGUGGCAUUUCAUUUCCUUGUUCUCUUACAGAAUUUCAUUGAACUUAAAAAAAUAAUAAUUAUUUAUUUCAUAUGUUAUUGCUGAAACUUGCAUAUUUAUAUUAAUGUUUUUUAAAAUUACUACUGUGUUCAUAAUUCUUUGACAUUUGAAAUGAUGUCUAGUUGUUUGAUUUUAAUUCUGUUCAAAUUUAUACAUUACUGUUUUGAAUGACAUUGUUAAAUAGCAUUUUGUCAUAAGAGUUAUACUAUAAAAAUAGUAGACAGUAAAUUCUAGAUGUUUCUAUCUUACUUGAAUUUAAGAUGUUGUUUUUUGUCCCCUACCGGUGAAACCGAAGGGGACUUAUGAUUUGCACUUUGUCUGUCUCUCUGUCAGUCAGUCCAUGACACUUUUCUGGAUCCUGCGAUAACUUUAAAAGUUCUUCGUAUUUUUUCACGAAACUCGAAAAAUGGAUAGUUGGCAAUAUGGAGAUUAUGCACGUCAUUUCAUUUUGUUCCUACUUAAAAAAAUUAUGGUUGCUAUGGCAACAAAUAAAAAAACAAAACAAAACAGACAAUGGUGGAGUUUCACCGGUAGGGGACCUUAUUGCUUGGCAAUCUCUUGUCUUUUAAUUUGUUGGAUUUUUUUUUUUAAUACUUUAUCAUUUGUGUAUAUUCAGUCAGAUCUUGGCCUUUGAUUCUAAUACUGGUACCGUAAUUUUAUUGUUGUUAGUGUCUGAAAAUUUUGAUACAAAAAAUAUUUUUUUAAAUGCAUUAGUCUGAAAAUGUAGAGACAGAAAGUACAGCUGUUCAGAAAUUAAGACAAACUCUAAAAUAUUGCAUUGAUGACCAGAAAUGGGUAUGAAAUGUGUAUAUCAUUGAUUGUUUGCACAAAUAAUAGCAUGUGCUUGUUAAAUACCUUGUCGUAUAGUAUACAUCACUUUUAGAUACGCUGCACUUUUAGCUGUUGGGUAAAACAAUUGCCUAUUACAGGUACACAUAGUUAUUAACCAAAUUCAGCAAAUGUAAUUGCUUAAAGGCAUUUGUCAGCCAGGUUUUAUUACCUUAAUCUGGCUGAACAUGGGGAAAUCCAAAAAUUUAUAGAGUUUAUGAAAACUUUGUAAUUUUGGUAUUUUUGAAUUGGAGUUUCAGAUGAUGAAAUUGUUUUGACAUGUUCUCAAUUAAUCAAAGUUCAUUAUUUUUAUUAGUAAUUUGAAACACUUUAUGUCAGUCAUUUCUUGCCAUUGACAAGUGCCAUAUUUUUAGACAAAAAAAUAAAUGAAAUAUGUUAAUCAAUUUACCAUAUUAUAAUAUAAAAAAAAAUAACAAUAUCAAUAAUUGGUGUACAUUCUAAACCCAUCAAGAUUUCAAAAAUAAGAAAUGAGACGGUCAAACUGAAGCUUUUAUUAGUACACAAUCUGAAAAAAACUUUAUCUGUAAGUUCAGAUUUUUCCUGGACCUGAGCAAUCAGGGUUGACUUCAAGCGAUUGUAAUAAGAUAUUUAGUAAUCUGUGUUAAGUUUGAUGCAUUCUUUGUGUAAUUUGUCAUGAGUGUUAUUCUCUUUCAGUGAUACAUUAACCCACCAUAUGCAGACAAAAUUACAUCUUAUUUUAGAGUCCCAUCAGCCUGAUAGACAUGACAUAGUUUGAUUAUUUGUGUCUGGCUUAUAUGAUUUAUUCAUUUGUACAUGUAGUUAGUCCAUUUGUCUAAAGUGCUGUAAUUUCAGUAACAAAAAUAUUUAUAGAAGAUAACACUCUCAAUUCAGUGCAAUGUUGUGUAUGAUAUAUUUGUAACCCAUUAUGAAGCAUGUUGCUUUUAGAGUUCAUUUUCACACUUAUUUAGAUAUGUUUGCUUAUUGUCCCCUACCGGUUUCACCGGAGAGGACUUAUGGUUUGCGCUCUGUGCAUCUGUCUGUGAGUCUGUCACACUUUUCUGGAUCUUGUGAUAACUUUAAAAGUUCUUCAUAUUUUUUAAUGAAACUUGAAACAUGGAUAGAUGGCAAUAUGGACAUUAUGCACGUCAUUUCAUUUUGUUCCUAUGUCAAAAAAUCUGGUUGCUAUAGCAACAAUUAAAACAAAAAGUAAAAAAAUUCUUGUUAAUGGUAGAAGGUAUUUGUUUGCAAAUAGAUUGACAUUCUGUUAUUUUGGCUAAAUUUAAUAUAAGUGAACAGGUGAUAAGAAUUCAACUCAUUUAUGAAUGUGCUUUAAAUUUAAAUCUUUAAUAUGUGUAAAUUCCAUUUAUCAUGUUGGUGUAUGUGCAAUACUAUUUGUUAAACAUAUUAUUGUUAAGUUUAGUAAUACAUGUAGAGAUCUACAAAUG